AUGUCUACAGAUCUCGAAUUCAGGUUGCCGGCGAUCGAGAUUAGCUCUGACCGCCGUGAUGUUGUGGCUGACGUAGACGAAUGCCACACCCCGAGAUCGCCGCGGCACAUGAUUCCGGCGGCCGUCAUCUGCCCGCCGGCGCCGAAGAAGCGACGGCCGGCGGGGCCGGCCUCAUGCAAGAGGAAGCUUUGGGAUCUGGACUUCUUUGAGAUUGUGGCCAGGGAAGAAGUCGAGUUCAUGUUCAGGUCAACGACGGUUCAGGUCAACCUUAAUGGCUCCAUCAAAAGGAAAUGCAUAGCCUGA